AUGGCCGACUACUCGCAGGCGCCGCUCGUCCCGCGCUCGAGCAAACAGGCCAAGAUGCUCGGCGUCGGCGCAGACAUCGACCAACGUCCGCCCGGGUCGGCGGGGUCCAACUUGUCCGACUGGAAUGGGUGGGGAGUGCAGGAUCAGGCGGCGCGAGGCAGGCAGGGCAGUCCGGCGGACGUCGCGCCUCCCUGGGGCAACGGUGCAGAGCCGAAGCGCAAGGGGACACUCUUGCCCUCGUCCAGCGCGCAGCCUUUGCGAGGAACACGCAGCGCGAGCGUCUUGCGCGGCCAUGCAGAGAAGGAACCCGCCGUCAAGGAGAAGAAGCGCGGAUUGUUUGGCGGCCUGCUCAAGCGGAGAGGGAGCAAGGGCGACGUGCGGGAUCAGCACUCGGACUCGGGUUCCGUCAGCGACUUUGGCCUGCCUCCGCCCGCCCAGUUCGACAGCUCGACCCUGCCCGCCAAGCUGCAAGCCCGCGGCGACGCCUACGACCUCUCCUCUUCCCUCCCCUCUCGCAACGGCAAGUCGUCCAAGAAGAGCCGGCGACCGACAACCCCGAUUGGCGCCUUCGUGACCGGCAGCUCGCGCAAUACCCCUACUCCUCGCCAACAAGCCGUCUUCACCAAUGAUCCCGAGAUUGCGCUCGAUACGAAUCUCGACUCGAUGGAAGGCAUCAUCUCGUCUGCGCCGUCGACCUCAGCUGGCGUUCGACCGACUUCGUCCCACGAACGAGGAUUCGGAGGAAGCGUCUCCAGCGGUACCUCGGGGAACGGCUUGACGCGCUCAGGGUCGGGCUCACAUGCAUCGUACGCCUCGAACGGGCGGAGACCGUCCCUCGCGCCUUCGUACAGCGACGCAGGUCCGCGAGGAGCACACCACGGUCAAGCUUCGGCCGUCGCGUUCUGGAACUACGGAGGCGGGGCGACUGCUGCUGAACAGAAGUCGGCGGCAAAGGCUGCGAUGUUGAUGGGUACUGCGCCGCCAGCUGUUGCAAGCGUGCCAGGAGGCGCACCCGUCCGACCUGGACUUGGGUCGCGGACGAGCAGUCAGCUCAGUAUCACAGGUGGGACGGCGACGCCUACGCAAGCCGGUAUGAGCAGCUCCGGCUCGACAGUCAAGGGUCUCCCGCCUGUCCCUCGAAGCUCGGCAGCAGCCCGAAGCGCCGCCGUAGUUGGUGGAGCAGCCGGCUCCGCAGGCGCAUGGACAGCGCCCGACUCGUGGGCCGUCAAAGCCGAAGCUGGCGCAUCGCUCGACCACGAUUCGAGCGAGGACGAUGUCGAUGAGGACGACAUGGAGGUUAUGGACGAGACGGAGGAGAGCGAGGCGGGUGCGAGUCCGAGGAUUGGGACGGCUCAGACGGUCAGGGAGGGGAUGCCGGAUGGAUUGGGCGCCGUCAAGCCGUUUGGGAGUAUGGAGACGGAGGUGUUGAAGAAUGGAAGGCCGGCGACGGGAGGGAGUCGGCCGGCCAUGCGCAGCGGGCGACCAGGGACGGCGGAUGGAGAGGCGAGGAAGGCGAGCCAGAAACCGUUCAUGGUCCGCAUCUAUCGCGUCGACAACACCUUCUCGACCUUGCCCGUCCCGCUCGGCGCGACUGCAUCCGAGAUGACCGCGAUGCUCGCACGCAAGUUCCAGGUCAACGCGAAGACGACCUACGCGCUGUACCUGCGCGAGAAGGGCCUCGAGCGGCGCGUCGGCCCGAACGAGAAGCCUGUCUUGCUGCAGCGGCGGAAGUUUGAGCAGGCGGGGUACACGGAGCUCGAUAAGCUCGAGGAGCUGGGGAGGGAGGACAAUUCGUAUUUGAGCAAGCUCGUCUACAAGGCUCAGUACUCGACGAUGCAGGGCGUGGCGGAGGAGAGCUUUGCGGGUGAGAGCAUGGAGUUUGUCGACUUGUCCGGCAAGGGCGUCGAGACAAUUCCGAUCUUCCUCUACAAGCACUCGCACGAGAUCCGCAGCCUCAACCUUUCGCGCAACCGGCCCUUCGACCUUCCGACCGACUUCAUCCAGGGCUGCACGGCUCUGCGGGAACUCGUCCUGUCAAACAUGGGCAUCAAGCGGCUACCGCAGGCGAUCAAGGAGUGCCAGUACCUCACUCGGCUCGACAUCAGCAACAACAACAUUGUCGACCUCGAGCACAUCGCGCUCGACACGCUCGGCAACCUCUCGUCGAUCAAGUGCCACAACAACCGCCUCUCAACCGUCCCGGAAUACUUCCGCAACUUCUGCCAGCUCAAGUACCUCAACCUCUCGAACAACCGCUUCGACAAGAUCCCGCUCGUCGUGUGCGAGAUUGAGCCGCUCCUCGAACUCGAUUUCUCGUUCAACACGGUCACCGUCGUCCCGCACGAGAUCGGCCAGCUCGAGAACCUCGAACGCCUCAACCUCCUCGCCAACAUCCUCACGAGCCUGCCUUCGACCCUCGGCUCGCUCAUCUCGCUCAAGGAGCUCGACAUCCGACGGAACGUCAUAUCGGACUUCUCGCCGUUGACGAGUAUCCCCGUCCUCGAGGUGCUCCGAUGCGAGCACAACCAGGCGUCGACGCUCGAUGCGUCGUGGGCCAACAUCCGAGUCUUGACGGCGAAGCACAACUCGCUCACACGAUUCGCCUUGACCGGCACGAGCACGACCCUCACCUCGCUCAAUCUGUCGUACGGCAAGCUCUCGACCCUUUCGCCCGAGAUCUUCGGCCACCUCGGCUCCGUCGAAACCCUCAUCCUCGACAACAACACCCUCCGCAUCCUCCCCGACGGCAUUGGCUCGCUGCCGAAUCUCGUCACCUUCUCGAUCAAGAACAACCUCCUCACCUCGCUGCCCGACAGCAUCGGCCGACUACAGCGCCUCCAGUCGCUGCAGGUCUCCGGCAACGACUUGCAGACCCUGCCGUCUGCGCUGUGGCUCUGCUCGCAGCUGUACACCCUCAACGCCUCGUCCAACCUGAUCAAGGACUUCCCGGAUCCGCCCCUCCCGACGGUCGCGCCAGCAGCAACGCCGACAAGCUCUCUUGGUGACGGAGGAGACGAGCUUGACUUGCGACAAUUGGCUGCCGCGGUGAAGCCGCCCACAACGUCGUCCGGCCGCCUCGCCCCGCCUCUGUCGAUGUCGCUGCAGCGCCUCUUCCUCGGCGACAACCAGCUCGGGGACGACGUCUUUGCCCCGAUCUCCCUCAUGGCCGAGCUGCGAGUCCUCAACCUCUCAUUCAACGACAUCUACGAGAUCCCGACUUCGAGUCUGUUCAAGUGCCAGUCGCUCGAGGAGCUGUACCUCUCGGGCAACAAGCUCACGAGCCUCCCGCCGGACGACCUUGAGCGCCUCGUCAACCUCAAGCUCCUGUACCUCAAUGGCAACAAACUGCAGACGCUGCCCGCCGAGCUCGGCAAGAUCAAGAAGCUCUUUGCGCUCGACGUUGGCUCGAACGUCCUCAAGUACAACAUCGCCAACUGGCCGUACGAUUGGAACUGGAACUGGAACCUCGAGCUGCGGUACCUCAACCUGUCCGGCAACAAGCGCCUCGAAAUCAAGCCCGGCCACCAGAACGACACGUCAAACCUGCCUCGCAGCGCCAAGCGCCGCAACCUCGCCGACUUCAGCGCGUUGACCAAGCUGCACGUCCUCGGCUUGAUGGACGUCACGCUCAUGAUCCCCUCGGUACCUGACGAGAACGAGGACCGACGCGUGCGCACGUCGCUGUCCGAGAUCAACGACAUGGGCUACGGUAUCGCCGACACCCUCGGCAGCCGCUUCGACACGCUCUCGCUCGUCGACAUCGUCAUCCCGCGGUUCCGCUCAAAGGACGACGAGGCGAUCUUCGGCUUGUUCGACGCCGUCAACAAGGGCCAGAACACGGGUGCCCGCCUCGUCAAGUACCUGCAGGACGCGUUCUCGGCCGUCUUGACGCUCGAACUCUCGCGGCUCAAGAGCGGGGAGGUGACCAGCGACGCCCUCCGCCGCGCCUUCCUCAACAUCAACCGCGACUACGGCAACCUUCUCCUUCCCGCCCUCGAGUCCCGCCGCAAGGGGUCCGAGAUCAGUUUGACCGACAAGACGAUGUCGUCUGUCCGCACCGGCGCCGCCGGCAUCAUUGUCUACAUCCGCCGCAAGCGCCUCUACGUUGCCAACGCCGGCAACGCUCUCGCCGUCAUCGCAGGACGCGGCGGUACCGCUCGCCUCAUCGCCAAGCGGCACGAGCCGUUCGACUCGGGAGAGAUCGCUCGUAUCCGUACCGCCGAGGGAUGGAUCUCACAUCGUGGCUACGUCAACGACGAGGUCGACAUUGCGCGCUCGUUCGGCUUCUACAACGUCUUCCCCGCCAUCAACGCCGCGCCCGACGUCGACGAGAUCGAGCUUACCGAGACGGACGAGUUCGUCAUCAUCGCGAACCGCGGCCUGUGGGAGCACAUGUCGUAUCAGACGGCUGUCGACGUCGCCCGCACCGAGCGCAGCGACCCGAUGGCAGCCGCCGCCAAGCUUCGCGACCUCGCCAUCUCGUACGGGUCGAGCUCGAACGUCAUGGUCAUGGUGCUCGCGGUCGGCGACCUGUUUAAGGCGAAGAAGAGCGGGUACUACGCCAAGCACCGCGCAGCGCACGGCGAGGACGAGGGUUUCUACGGCGCGCACAAGGCUGGCGUCGUCGCUGGUCGGCGAGGCAAGGGCGAAGAAGGCGCCGGCGAGCGGUACCUCAACCUGCUCGACCGCGAAGUCCCGCCCCCGGUCGGCAUGGUCGCGCUCGUCUUCACCGACAUCCGCAACUCGACCGCGCUGUGGGAGUCGAACCCGGGGAUGCAGACUGCGAUCCGGAUGCACAACCAGCUCUUGCGGCGACAGUUGCGCGCGAUCGGAGGGUACGAGGUCAAGACUGAAGGCGACGCGUUCAUGGUGUCGUUCCCGACUGUCACGUCGGCGCUCUUGUGGUGCUUGACGGUCCAGCUCGAGCUGCUGCGGGAAGACUGGCCGCAGGAGAUCCUCGACUCGGAGGAGGGCAAGGAGAUCCUCGAUUCGCGCGGGGAGAUCCUGUAUCGCGGUCUCUCGGUGCGGAUGGGUAUCCACUGGGGCGCGCCGGUGUGCGAAGCAGACCCCAUCACGCGGCGAAUGGACUACUUCGGCCCGAUCGUCAACCGCGCAGCGCGAAUCUCGGCCGUCGCAGAAGGAGGACAGAUCUCGGCGUCGCAGGACGUGAUCGAUAUCAUCCAGGAUGUCGUCAUGCAGCAGAAGCCGGGACCGUCCAGCCUUGAUUCGGACGACGGGGAGGACGAGGACCCGGAGGAGUACCUCGACCCGCGCGACAAGCAGGAUAUCGCGGCGCUGCGACGGCUCGGGUUCGGCAUCACCGAGCUGGGCGAACGCAAGCUCAAGGGCCUCGAAUCCGCCGAGCUCAUCUCGCUGAUCUGGCCGCGGGUCCUCAAGGAACGCAUUGUCCCAGCCUCUGCCGACAAAGACGGCUCUGCUGCUGCCGCCGAGAUUGCCAAGAAGACCGAGGUGGUGCAGGACGAGACGCCGCAGUUGCUCGACGUCAAUACGAUCAAGGCCUUGGGGAAGGUCGUCCAGCGGCUCGAGUCGGUCUGCGGCGCGCUCGUCCACGGCGUCAAGAACGGCCUGGCGACGCCUCCUCACGUCCCGAACUCGUCUGCCCGCCCUUCGACGCCCGCCCAGCAAGCCGCCGCCGCCAAGCGCAAGACGCUCAUCCACCCUACCUCGUUCGCCUUCCCCGUCCGCGCCGACGCGACCGACGACGAGCUCUGCGCUUUGCUCGAGUCGUACCUCGUCCGGAUCGAGAACUGCCUCUCGACGUUGACGCUGCACCAGCUCGGCCCGUUCACCGAGGUGCUGUCGGCGCUCGGACAGGCGCUCCGGGUCGACCAGCGGAGCGUCUUGCUCGCGCUGACGAGGUUUGCCGGACUCCAGCAGCAGCAGGCGAUGCUGUUGCAGGCUCAGGGGUCGAAGCCGCCGUCGCCUGCGCUCGACCGCCCAUUAAGCACCGUGAGCAGCAGCGCGGUGUCGCGAGCGGGACAGCCGCACGCCCGCCAGGCGUGA